AUGGAGUAGGUAAAACUAAAAAACCUCAAUUAAGAUAAAGAAAAUUAAUUAGAUCUUGACGAGAAUGAAUAAGUUUUUUAUACUUACUAAUUAAAUUAAGGAAAUUAUCAUUUGGCUAAAGUUAUUAAAGUUGACAAAAGCUAUUGCAAUGUAAACUUUCCUGCUGCUUAGAACUUAAAGAAUAUAAUAUCAUCUUGCAUUAAUCUUUUGGAUCUUUCUCUAAACUUAAGCUUUUGCUAGUUAGAUACUGACUGUGCUAUCGAAGUUGGAAGAGGCAUAGGAAAAUGCUCCUAAUUAAAUAACCUAUUGCUUAAUUUGAAUUGCAAUAGUAUAAAAACAUAAGGGGCAGUUAAUAUAGUUUCAUAAAUUGCUAAAUGCUCACAUUUGUAAAAACUAAGAUAUUAGAUUAGUAAAAAUCAAAUAGGAUACAAUUACAAUUAUAAUUCAAUAGGAGAAAUACAAACUAUGAAUCUUUAAAUUGCUUAAAUAUGGUUGAAUGGAAACGUUUUAUAGACUAAAGAUCUAAAUUUUCUAGGAUCUUGCUUGAGUAAAUGUGAAUCUUUAAAAAGACUCGAAUUAUUUCUGAACUAGAAUGACUUGAAUAAUGCUGCAGAUUUUUUUGAAAAAUUAUCAUUGUGCAGAAAUAUCUCAUUUUUAACUCUCCAUUUAGCCAAUAAUAGUUUAGGAAAUUUAAUUGCUGAGCUGUUUAGUUAAACAAUUUAAAAAUUUGAUUUUCUAAAAUUUUUAGAUUUAGAUUUGAGAUAUAAUAGUAUUAAUUAUGAAGGCUUUGACUUUAUCUUUAAGGAAUGUUCUAAGAAGAAAUAUUUAAAUUUCAUCAAAGUUUCUCUUAAUUUAAAAAAGUUAAAUGAAUUCGAAAUACUAAGAAUCAAAUACUUACUAAGUAAGCCUAGAAGAUUAGUAAGUUUCUAAGUUGUUUGA